AUGUCAGCAUCAGCCAUUUAUAUCUUGGAUAUGAAGGGCAAGGUCCUUCUAUCUCGAAAUUAUCGUGGUGAUAUUGAAAUGAAUGUUAUUGAAAAAUUUAUGCAAUUAUUAUUAGAAAAUGAAGAUGAAUCUCAAUUAUCACCAAUAUUUCAACAUGGUGAUGUUGCUUUUGUUUAUAUAAAAUAUAAUAAUGUUUAUCUUGUAUGUACAACAAAAAUAAAUGCAAAUAUUGCAAUGGUUUUAUCAUUUCUUUAUAAAUGUGUUCGUGUAUUCUGUGAAUAUUUUAAAGAACUUGAAGAAGAAUCCAUUCGAGAUAAUUUUGUUAUUGUUUAUGAAUUACUUGAUGAAUUAAUGGAUUUUGGUUUUCCUCAAUCGACUGAUUCUAAAAUUCUUCAAGAAUAUAUAACACAAGAAGGUCAUAAACUUGAAGAAGUUCGUCCACCACCAGCAUUAACACAUCAAGUUAGCUGGCGAUCAGAUGGAUUAAAAUAUCGAAAGAAUGAAGUAUUUCUUGAUGUAAUCGAAUCGGUUAGUUCCAAUGGUAAUGUUCUUCGUUCAGAAAUCCAUGGAGUAAUUAAAAUGCGCGUAUAUCUUAGUGGCAUGCCUGAAUUACGUCUUGGAUUAAAUGAUAAAAUUCUUUUUGAAACUACUGGACGUACAAAGAAUAAAGGUGUUGAAUUAGAAGAUGUUAGAUUUCAUCAAUGUGUUCGUUUAUCUCGUUUUGAAAAUGAUCGAACUAUAUCAUUUGUUCCACCGGAUGGAGAAUUUGAAUUAAUGUCUUAUCGACUUAAUACACAAGUUAAACCAUUAAUUUGGAUUGAAUCUGUUAUUGAAAAACAUGCUCAUUCACGUGUUGAAUAUAUGGUUAAAGCUAAAUCUCAAUUUAAACGUCGUUCAACGGCAAAUAAUGUUGAAAUUAUUAUACCUGUUCCAUCAGAUGCAGAUUCAGGACGAUUUAAAGCUACAAUAGGUUCUGUUAAAUAUGUUCCGGAAAGAAAUGCUAUGAUUUGGUCAAUUAAAUCAUUUCCGGGUGGUAAAGAAUUUUUAAUGCGUUCUCACUUUAAAUUGCCCAGUGUUGAAAGUGAAGAUCAUGAAGCUAAACCUCCAAUUGAAGUUAAAUUUGAAAUUCCUUAUUUUACUACAUCAGGCAUUCAGGUUCGAUAUUUAAAAAUAAUUGAAAAAAGUGGCUAUCAAGCAUUACCAUGGGUUCGAUAUAUAACACAAAAUGGUGAUUAUCAAAUACGGACGCAAUAA